UUCUUCUUUCUUUAUUUCCUUCCCUCCCCUAGCACAUUGCCAAUCAGAGCAUGGUGAUUGCCUCCAGCUGGCCAGCUGAACUUGGCAACACUUUGGAUUGGGAAUCCUGAGUGUUGGGCAACCUGUUUGUUUGUUUGUUUUAAAAAGUGCAACUGCUGGACCCAGAUAAUACAGGACCUCUUGAAAUAACAUUAUCGCCGGGUGAUGGUGUGGAAGAAGCUGGAUUCAGGGAAACUUUGUCACACUUCUGGGUGUACAAUUGCAAGUAGUUUUGCCUUCGUUUGGGGAAUUCAUACUGGAAAUUGAAUCGUGGACAUUGAUGUAACAGUGAAAAACAGGGACUGAUCAUGAUGUAUUCACCGACAGUCACCUUCAAGAAUAUGAUGUUCACCAGACUGGCCUUCCUCUUACUAACCACGUUACUAGCAGCAUCAAUCCACAGGGCCACUGCACUCAACUACUGCCCUCCAGUAUGGACCCAGUACCAGCUACCGACCGGCUCGUUCUGCUACCGACUCUUUGGCAUCAGGAGAACCUGGCAAGAGGCGGAGACAACGUGCCAGAAGUACACCAUCUGCCAGGGCAAGGAGACGGCGCAUCUUGUCUCAGUCGGCUCGGCAGAGGAGGAGGGGUUUUUGAAUUCAUACUGGAAGGAGAUGCGAGGCUCAUUCGAAGGUGAAAAGGGCAUCUGGCUUGGCUACCACAAGAGUACACUCAACCCUGGUAACCACUGGAUAUGGACCGACAAACUCAAGACCACGUAUGAGAACUGGGACGUCUCUGACCUGGGGCAGCAGAGCGCCGUCGCUGAGGGUGUAGGGUGCGGCCAGCAAGUCUCCACUGAGAGUGACUGGCCGAGCUGGCGGCAGACUGACUGCAACUCCAAACAACACUUUGUGUGUAAAAUGCACGCCAUGUGAACAUGAAUUCUCAAAAAUGCAUCUUUCUGGAACAAUCUUUUGUUCUUUCCUUUGACCUACAUUGUACGUGUAGCACUUAACAGUUUCCCAUAGACUUGUACACAAAUUUCCUAACUAGUUUGUACAACAAAUUUCCUUGAGGAACACACCAGUCUCUAGAAUUUCCUUAAGUGAAGUCCUUCUCUUUUCCCCUUUUUGUUUUGUCUUUGUUCCAUGAGGUACCCAAUAUGAGCACGGUAUUGCUAUUAAAUGAAAAUUGAUUACAUGGACCUGUGUAUAUAUUGAUGUCAUAUUGGGGAAAACAAUUAAACAGAGAUUGAACUUAUGUACUAGGGCAUAUCCUGGCAGAUCGUAUUGUAUUGUAGAUUGUGUACACAUAGUUAUAAUAAAUGAACAGGGAGUAAAAGAAAAGAAGUGUUAAGUGGAAUAUAAUUUGAGGCCAAGGCCCCUUGUAUUGGUCGCCCUCGCUUGGGUCAAACAGUGUAAAUGUAUGCGCGUGUACGUGCAGCGCCCAAGUUUUAGCCAACGAACGGUACUGUAAGUCUUCCAUUGACCUCAGUGAGGGCGCUGUUUUGAGGAUACAACCAUGAGGAACCAAUAAUAAAUGUGUUUCACCUAACAACAGAGGGCAGUAUACACCUCCUCCAUAUUAUUUUGUACAAUCUCGUGUGUGCAAAUUGAGACAGUUUACACUUUCUCACCAGCACACGUCCUGGUUGCAGUUAUACUACAGGAUACUUCCAUUAUUGUUCUUAUUAUUAUCCCCUUUUCAGAAGACAUUCUGUAGUACGGUGUGACCACUAGAACAAAGAAAACAUUGUGGGGUAGUAUUGUUUCAUUGUGGGGUAGCAUUGUUUCACUGUGUAGGUCCUGCUAUGUAAUGUAACCCCUUAGAAGUUGGCCUGUGUUAAUUGCAAGUAGAGGGAGCAAUUCAAUCCAACUAGAUUGGUUAAGUGACAUUGUUCCAUGUGUGAUAAAUGCAAGCCCUAUAAUUGUAUGAAGAAUAAACAAAUCUACAAAAAUGUACCAAUUGGGGGGGGGGGAGUGAAGGCUAAGUUGUUAUCACC